AUGAUGCUUCAGCGCCUCACGUCGCCUUUGCUGCGACCCAUGGGAACCAUGGGAAUCAGGAAUGGUUCCAUCACACCCAAGGUCUCGUUUAAUCACAUUGCCAGGGAGUGGCGCUGCAAGUGGUCCAGCGACAAUGAAAAGGCAUCCCUGGACGCAGCGCAGAGCGCCUUGGAAGAAGUCUUGCCCAAAGUGAAGUCCGCGUUGUUUGGACAAGGGGCAGGCUGCAUUGCAUCGACCUGUGGUUCUUCAUCCACCACCGGUGCAUCUGCCCAAGUGGUCUAUUGGUGCCUUCUGUUCUGGUUUUGCACUGGGUGUGGCUUUUGCCUCGGUUUCCUUUUUCUGGUGGUUGUCAUCACUGUGAUUAUCAUGAAUGCUCCUCGCCGUGUUCUUCCUCAGGAGAUCCGUUUUACGUUGGAGUUCCAACCUGGUGCACCUUUCCAGCAGUCUAUCAUCAAUUCAAUCAUGGCUCCAUUCAACCUGGAUCAAUUGGACUGCAGCAUUAAUGAGAUCAUCUACCCCACUGCUUGGCCGAUUGGCUUCGGAGGCGACCCUGACCUCAUCGACCUUCCUACUCACUGGGUACCUUGGGACGACGACAUUGUUUCUACAUCCCAGUACCAUUUCUAUGUCGCUGACCUCGAAGUGUACGAAUCCAUGGCUGCCGUGGCAACUGCAACAGACAAUCAUCUUUCUAUGGUACCUGCAGGUGUCCCCUUUGACUUCCGCAUGGAGACUAUUUUGAUUGUGCACCAGUUGCCAUUGAUGCAACUCAUGGAGCUUGCGGCCCAGUCAGCUGACAGGAUCAUUACCUUGGAACGACGUCUGGGUGACGCUGAGGCAGCCAUUGCACAGAUCCGUUUCCAUCUUGGUAUUUGA